AUGCCUGCGCCUCGCCGGAGAGGGAGGGGGUUCUGGGUGAUGAUGACUUUCAACCUCUUUCUCUGCGUCCUGAUGUGUGUGUCGUGGAACCUCAUGCAUGGCAAAAACAGACAAUCUAAGAUUCGAAUCCCAUCCAAGAGGUUUUGGCAACGGCAGAUAUUGAGCGAAUCCUUCUGGAACAAGGAGCAGCAGCGCUUGGACUUCAUUCACAACCCCAUCGUCACUUCCGUGCUCUCCAGCGACUCCCUUAUCGAGCUGCCAGAUUGGCUGAACGACACCGGGCCACUCAACCCCUGUGAACCAGACUACAGAGUCGCCACACAAGUCUCAGACUACAACACCUUACCGCAGCUCUUUCGGGAUUUCCUUUUGCACAUGCGCUGCAGGACUCACCCCAUGCUGAUUAAUCAGCUCCACGUGUGCGACGAAAGACCUUUUCUGCUGCUGGUGGUCAAGUCACUGAUGCCGCACUUUGAACGGCGGCAGGCUAUCCGUGAAACAUGGGGACGGGCGGGUGUCUUAGCCAAUCAGACUGUGGCAACGGUUUUCCUGCUAGGCAACGCCAUGUCCACAGACCACUUCCCAGACCUGCUGGGGAUGCUGGGACAUGAGGCGAAGCUUCACGGAGACCUCCUCCAAUGGGACUACAGGGAUACUUUCUUUAACCUCACCCUGAAGGAAGUCCUCUUCCUUGAGUGGUUCAGCACACACUGUCCCCAGGCUCAGUACAUCCUGAAGGGAGACGAUGAUGUCUUUGUCAACACCUUAAGGAUUAUUGAUUUCCUGGAAGGUCUGCCAGAGGCCAAGGCUAAGGAUCUGUUCAUUGGGGAUGUUAUCAGCAAUGCCGGCCCGCACAGAGACCGGAAACUCAAGUAUUUUAUCCCAGAAAGUGUAUUUGUGGGACUGUACCCGCCUUAUGCAGGGGGCGGAGGAUAUUUGUACUCUGGUGAUGUAGCGCUACGUCUUUACAAUGCAACCCAGCAAGUGGUUUUGUAUCCUAUUGAUGAUGUCUAUACAGGGAUGUGCCUGAAGAAGCUGGGCCUGGCACCAGAGAGUCACAAAGGCUUCAAGACAUUUGACAUUGAGGAGAAGUACAGGUCCAACUACUGCAUCUACAGGAGUCUGAUGCUGGUUCACAGCCGGACACCGCAGGAGAUGUUGACGAUCUGGCCGUGGAUUGUCAAUCCUGAGCUGGACUGCCUGUGA